GCGGUGGGUACUGCAUGAAACAAAAUUAUUGCUAUUAUUGUAUUUCGGAUUCUUCGUUUGUUUUGUAAACAAAAUUAGAUGUCGUCUCGAUAGUGUCAUUACCGUCGUUAGGUCGGUAUGUGCAAAACAGUUCUAUUGCGUUUGUUGUUAAAAUAUUUAUCACUUCGCUGAUCAUAGUUUUAAAUUUGUAUCGUGACUAUUUUAUUUUAUUAUCAAUUACCAACGACGAGGAUCUUUCAACUGUGUGAAUUCGUAUUUUUAAGUUGAAACUAAGGAAAAGAUAGUCAGAAGUGAAAACAAUAUCAUAUUGGAAUCGUAAAGUUAACGGAAUUGUGAAUGCGGAUAAAAAGAGCAAAAGGAUUCCUUGUCAUAUUUAGGAUUGCAACAAAUAGAUGCAACGAAAAUUGUGAAAAUUUAAAUAAGUGUUUACCUGAAAUCUUAUUGUGCUGGAACUGUUAAAAAGUGAAUCUAAUUACGAAACAUGAAGCCUGUGAGGGUCACAUUGGUUGAAAAUAUUAAGUGAAUGAUGCAGAUAAUGUAUUUGUGAAAAAGUUUUUUUUAUAACGGAUGAAAUAACAAUUGCAGUUAACACUGUACUUGUAUUCGCAUAAUGGUAUUGGAGCAUCAAGGGAUGCUACAGAAUCUGCAAACGCUUGGCUCGCAACCAGCUCUGCAGCUAUAUGCGGCGGCAGCAGCGGCUCAAUUGACACCCAGAAAUCGAGUUCCGCAGUGGGCGCCUUUUUUGCAAUUUGGAGUUCCUGGUGUAUUUGGAGGUCCCUUCCUUACAAGGCCUCGAUUUGGUCCACCGGGUGCGCCGCAAAGUCUAGCUGCCUUAAGUGGAUUAAAUAAUAUAACUAAUAACACACAUCAAAGCAUAUCACCACAACGAGCAAUACAGGGUCCUCCUAGUGAAGAUUCAAAUGAUGAUAGAGGAUCAGCUGCGGAUGGAGAAGACGAAAGUAGUGCAUCAAAAAGAAGAAGAUCGAGAACGAAUUUUAAUUCGUGGCAGUUAGAAGAAUUAGAACGAGCUUUUUCCGCCAGCCACUAUCCAGAUGUUUUUAUGAGGGAGGCAUUAGCGAUGCGACUAGACUUGAAAGAAAGCAGAGUAGCGGUAUGGUUCCAAAAUAGGAGAGCGAAAUGGAGGAAAAAAGAGCACACAAAAAAAGGCCCAGGAAGACCCGCCCAUAACGCACACCCUCAGUCUUGUUCAGGGGAACCUAUUCCACCCAACGAAUUGCGAGCAAGGGAAAAAGCUCGACGAAGAAAAAAGCUUGCUAAAGCAUUAGAGCGGCAAGCUAGAAAACUGCGAGCAAAAGGUAUUGCAGUAGAUUUGGAAGCGCUUAAAGCAGAAUAUCUGUCCCAGCAUCGUCAUAACUCUAGUUCUGAUAGUGAAGGUGCCGAUGACGACGACGACGAUGAGGAUCCAAUCGAUGUAGUCGGUGGAGCAGAAUCUAAUGAGACACCAGAAGACUGUUUAAUGGAUAGGAGAGACAGUAUCGAUGAUGCUCUGGAUGAAAAUACCGAUACGCAUAGGAAUAGUAUGAGGCCAAAUCCGUUUAGCAUAGAAUCGCUGCUAUACAAUAGUACGUGAAGACACUGCAUGCGAACAAGUUCCCUACCAUUAAUUUAAUUCAGAUGCUACCAUUGUGUACGAUUUAAGUUAUAAAAUAAUUUUUGUUACAUGCCGUAAUCUCUGUGACAUAUUCAAUAAUCGACAUUUAACAUGAUAUUAAAUGUUUAAUUUAUUUAAAA